UCACACGGGCGUUUGUAUCUAAUAUAAACAACCGUGACAGAAAGACGAUCUCGAUUUUGUUUACACCGGAGGUUAUAAGAGAUAGGUCGUUGCUAACGUUUAAACGUGGAUAUUGGGGAUGAAACAGUGACUGUCAGUUGUCUUUUUUCUCACGCUGACGUUUGAAUAACAAUCAAGAAUAAUGUAUCAGAGGGUAGGGCGACCAGAUCCCGGCCUUAUAGCCACGGCCAACGCUGUCCAAACGGAGAUUAAAGACCUCAUGCAGAGUGGACAGUACUACUGUACCAAUGAACUGGCGAACGAGCUGACGAGGAUCAACAAUGCCGUGGAUCAUCUUAAACUGGACGGGAAUAUCAUGUCCACUUCGGACAGUUUUAAGAGGUUUUAUGAUCCUCGUACAGGCGUCCCCGAGGGUGUCAGACCAGCAGACAAUCUGGCCAAUGCAGCAGGGUACAUCAAGGACCUCAAAUCCCGACUCCACGUCAACUCGUUACGAGACAAACAAGAGAACCAGGUGCGAGAGCUUCACCAGUGGGGGGUGGACAACCUCCGGGGGAUCCAACAGGCCUUGGACACUUCCACUUACAAUGCUGCAGACCGCAUCCGACAGUUUGGAGAUUUUGUGGGAGUUACGGACAGAUAUACAGGUUACCGUAACAACCUGACCCGUGGGUCAAGGGAACCGGUCAGAAUGGAACCAAAGUGGGUCGAUAAGAGCCAGCGUACUGAGUACAUAAACACACUCAACUCACGCAGGCCUUGGACAGCCUUCGAGCCUAGGACUACGUCCUCCGUGUAUUAUGGGGAACCCUCUGAAGUCCUCCAGAGUCGAGUCAGAUUCGGCUGCACACUUCCGGCCAAACGCAACAUCAGAGGUUACCAAACCAUUGAUAGUCUUUACCCGCGGAAUAAUACAUUUUACAUCGACCCUACUGCUACACAAAAAAACGGUCUUUUGGACCUCAAGCAUAAGAACGCAUUCAACGCCACGUCAAAAGACGAUUCUAGUACUUUGAAAAUGAGCACCAAGAAAGCCCCCGUUACGCUGUCCGUUCAGGAACAGGCCGGUAUAAACACCACCUUCCCCGGACGAACCGAGUAUAUGCAUAAAUACCAGACCCCGCCCAUGGAUAUACCCACAAGUGACUUUAAUAUUAACCCGAAGCCGAAUUUCCUUUUGCACGGACGACCACUAGGGGAGACAACUUACGAAAGCCAUAGCACAGAAUACCAAACCCGCUACGAGUUCCCAGACAGCAACAAAAUUGUGCGCAUGCCCUGGCUACGAAAGUGAAAAGAAUAAAACUGCCUCAAAAGAAUAUCACUUUCUGUUUCAAGAGUACAUGGCAGAUCUGAGUUGUUUAAAACAUUUAUAGCAUAAUGUAGUCCGUAGAGAAGUCCAUUGUGGACAAGAUAUUUGUUAACUUUUUAAAAAGAUUAUUCUUUCUUUCUACCAGAAUGCCUGUUUCUUAUCAUUUAUCUCGUUGAAUUUUUUUUAUUAUAACAUAUUAUUUAUCAUAUCCAUUUUGUAAAAGGACAUGCCGUAAAAAACUAACAAUAAUAAAAUAUGUUAAGUUUG